AUGCCUGAACAAGGUCAAGAAAGGAAGUCCAAGAUCUCAGCCUCAAGAAAACUCAUGCUAAAGAGUUUGAUGGUGGCCAAAGCCAAAGAGGAGCUGGAUCAGGAGGUGUUGGAUAAAGAGGUGGAUAAGCAGAAGUAUCUGAUGGAGAAAGCUCCUCCUCUGCAGACACAGACCAUGUCAUUCACUGAACUUCAGGAACUCUGUCAAGAGCUUCAUGCUAAGAUAGAUUUGGUGGAUGAAGAGCGCUAUGAUAUUGAAGCCAAAGUCUUACUGAAUAAGCGUGAGAUCAAAGAUCUUAACAUUAAAGUUUUGGACCUGAGAGGUAAGUUCAAGCGGCCCCCGCUGAGGAGGGUGAGAGUCUCUGCAGAUGCCAUCCUUCGGUCUCUGCUAGGCUCAAAGCACAAAGUCUCCAUGGACCUACGAGCCAACCUCAAAUCUGUUAAAAAAGAAGACACUGAGAAGAAGAGGCCGGUUGAGGACAGCGAUUGGAGGAAGAAUGUGGAGGCCAUGUCUGGUAUGGAGGGACGAAAAAAGAUGUUUGAUGCGGCGAAAGUCUCCACCCAGUGAAACCUUACCUAGCAAAGCUCACACAAAAGUUA